CACUAAUGGUGGUAGUAAUAAUUGCUCACUAGUUUAAUGAGCAGCAGCACGGCACUGUGCUGUGCCUCCAUCAUCAUCAUCCGAUUCCCACAUCCCUCGUCGUCGCUUGUUUGUUGCCGCUGCUGCUGCCUUUUCCUUUCCGCCGCGGCAAAAGUGAGGCGCGGGCGGGCGAGCUGGGGGAGAGGGAGACGAACCCAUCAUAAUUCCAUCGGUGCUCCUGCGUAUAUAAGCGCGGCAAUCGGGACGCCGGGCGAGGAGGUGUUCAUUCCUCAUCCAUCCCACGCCACGCGCGCGCAGGCCAAGGCCGGAUCGGGCUCUCAGUCAGAUCUCGCCCGGCGGCCACGACCCGAGAGAGAGAGAGAGAGAAAGAGGGGGGUUGGCCGGCGAUCGGGAGAAGAUGUUUAGCGGGACGCAGCAGAAGUGCAAGGUGUGCACCAAGACGGUGUACCCGAUGGACCAGCUCUCCACCGACGGCGUCGCCUUCCACCGCUCCUGCUUCAAGUGCCAGCACUGCAAGUCCACCCUCUCCCUGAGCAACUAUUCCUCGUUCGAAGGAGUGCCGUACUGCAAGGCCCAUUUCGAGCAGCUGUUCAAGGAGACCGGGAGUUACAACAAGAGCUUCCAAUCACAAUCACCCGCAAAGAUUACUCCGGAAAAGUUGGCCCCUGAGCUGACCAGAUCACCAAGCAAAGCUGCAAGGAUGUUUUCAGGAACACAAGACAAGUGUGCGACUUGCGGUAAAACCGCAUAUCCUCUUGAGAAGGUAACAGUUGAAGAAAAGGCAUACCAUAAGUCAUGCUUCAAAUGCUCCCACGGGGGCUGUGCGAUUACACCUUCCAACUAUGCAGCCUUGGAGGGCAUCCUCUACUGCAAACACCAUUUCUCUCAACUUUUCAAGGAGAAGGGAAGCUACAACCACUUGAUCAAGUGUGCUUCGGUCAAGCGCGCUGCUGAAGCACAGCCAGAACAACCAGCCUCCGAUUCCUCCUGAUCGUGCCAUUUCAACAGUGGGGGUUUGAAGGCGAGAGUUGGGAAGCCUCCUGUUUUUACUUAAAAACGCAUGCUGUAUGUCAUUCAUCUAUGCCCUGAGGAUACCGGACUAUCUAUUUUGGUAUCCUUUGCUGUGCUAGCUGGAUCACAUCGGUGAACCAUGGAACUGAUGUCAUUUCCAAUGAAAUUGUUGUGCAUCAAGUAGUGAAAUCUUCACUGGAAUUGUUGUGCAAGUAAUGAAAUCGGGUAUCUUGCCCUUAUUGAUCGAUA